AUGUCCAAACCACGCUUCGACUUCUACCAGACCGACACCUCGGUCACCGUGUCCAUCUUUAUCAAGGGGGCGAAUGAGGACGACGUACAAGUCAACAUCGGAGACAGCUCACUGAGCGUCUCGGUCAACCUGCCCGCCACGGGCGCAGAGACGGCUCUCGUCAUCGACCCGCUCUUUUCCCGCGUAAACAAGGAGGCGUCGUCGUACAAGGUCUACUCGACCAAGAUCGACGUCGUGCUCGACAAGGCGGCCCCCGGCGUCCAGUGGCGCAAGCUCGAGGCCGACAGCUCCAGCGUCGGUGCCGGGACCACGCCCUCGUACAUUGCAGCGGCCGCAUCCUCUUCGGCCGCACCCUCUGCAUCCGUCCCCGCCGCCACCACCACCGCCGCACCCACGCGUCCGCGUUCAAAGUGGGACACGCUCAAGCUCGACGACGACGACGACGACGAAGCAAAGGGCGGCGCAGGAGCCGGCGCAGAGGGCGAGGCCGACAUCAACAAGUUUUUCCAGAAGCUCUACGCCGACGCCGACGAGGACACCAAGCGCGCCAUGCUCAAGAGCUACCAGGAGUCGGGCGGCACCACGCUCAGCACCGACUGGUCCAAGGUCGGCCAGGGCAGAGUCGAGACGCGCCCGCCCGAGGGCAUGGUGGCCAAAAAGUGGGAGCAGUGA